GAGGGAGUAGCAGCAACAGGGGAUGCUCGACGAUUACAUCUUUCUCCAUUGCUGGUUGCGGUCUCCAUUCCCUGGACAGGGUUGGCUGCUUGAUAAGCUUGUGUGUAGUGCAUCUGCACAGGAUGCGUGUUACUGGGGAGGAACUUAUCUGCUUCCUGUCUACUUCUCCUCGUUUGCAGAAGCUGCAACUUUCCUACUGCAAUGACAUGGUUUGCCUGAAGAUACCUCAUUCCCUGUCGCGGCUCAAAUUGCUGCUGGUACGCAACUGCAACAGUUUGCAAACGAUUGGAUGCGAUGCUCCACAGCUCAAGAGCUUUGGAUAUGAUGGGUUGCCCACAACGCAGAUCUGCCUUGGAGAUUCAUCACCCUUAGUGAGGGAGAUGAGAAUGUCUGGUAUAGAUGAUGAGCCUACAGGCAUGCUCUGUUAUGCCACCACUAAGCUUCCUUCAGUCGCGCCAAAUAUUAGCUCGCUUGUCCUAUCAUCAUGCUUUGAGAUUGCAACUCCAAUGAAAAAGCUUAACAAAUUCCGCCGCCUCAAGUACUUGGAGAUACAGCUUCAUACGCCAAGACGUUGUCCAGACUUUGAUUUUUAUUCGCUGGUUUCUAUUCUUAAUGCUUGUCCUGUCCUGGCUACUUUCAUCUUGCGUUUAGAGAUGCGCGAUGCUGAUGAUGCCAUUCCGGGAGAUCCUCAUGGUGAUUCCUCGCAACGAAAAACGCAUAUGAGGGGGCAGGGCCGUCGCAAGUUGAAGAAUGUGCUAACGAGGGGAUUUCCUUGUGCAAAAGGUUUGGUUGAGCUAACAAGUCACAUCCUUGAGACCGCAGCAUCCUUAAAGCGCCUGGUACUAGACACUAAAUAUGGCUGCCAUACGAGGGAUUGCAUUGGCAUAUGCUCGCCUUUAACGAGAAAGGCCCUCUUGGAAGCACGGAAAGCUGUAGAUGUCAUCAAGACAUACAUCGAGAGUAAAGUCCCCUCAAGUGUUAAAUUCAAGCUUAUCGAGCCAUGUGCCAAGUGUCACGCCGAUGACGCAUAACCUGCUUGUUAAUUAGACCUCCUCCAAUAGUUGCAUAAGAGCUGGUUCAAUUUUAUUUUUUAUAUUUUGAUAGAAGAGAGAAAAGAACUAUCUUUCGAUUAAGAGAUAGCCUUAUGCACACACUUUAAGAUUAUAUGAAGAUGACGUGUGGGUGGGGUCAUUCAUAUUAUAAGAUAUGUGCUAAA